AUGUCGUCAUUUCGAGCAGCUGAAACGCGUCCUACCGCACCAUUCGGUCUGGUGUUGUCCGAUCCCAAUAAGCAGCUGCCAGUCUCCUUGGCUUUGGUCGUUGCUGCCUUCCCGAUCCUGCUUAUUGCCAUAUUCGCCGCUGUUCGCAUAUGGGUUGUUAUUCCGGUGUAUUCAUGGUUGUACAUUCUCAACGUGUUGUCGUUCUUGACGCCGUGCAUACUGUACUACGCGUUUCUACGCAAUAGUACUAUGUCCAUGCUCACAGUUGGAAUCCUCUCGCUGCUACUUUUCAUACUCUACGUCAUUCACAUCAUCAGAGUCUACAGUUUCGUCACGGGGUGUCACCAGUUCAUCCAAGACUGCAACGUCGACGGCUCCAGAGUGGUCAAUGCCGUUACCGCACCUCGAUACGCAUGUGCUGAUUACAACGUGCAAGAUUACUUGAACUUCACCUACUGGGCGAGCACGAGUACAGCCACGUACUGGAGUUACGGUGUUCUCUUCGGUCUUGUCGUCAUAUUGUCUUUGAUGGCCUCCGUGAUCGCUCUAGUGUACACUGUAAGGCUCCGUAGUGGAAUCUUGGUCACUAGGGAAGCACCAGUGACUUACGCUUAUACGAUCAAUACCAAUGGUGUGACGAUGGCCAGAGGAACCCAGCCCGACGCAGAUAAUGUUGCUGUUGGUAUCCCAGUUGACAAACCAUAA